UCAUUCUUGACGUGUUAAAAUAAAUGCUGAACACUGGAAACAUCGUAGAGGAGAUGGCGAGGACGCAGAAAAAUAAGGCCACGGAGUAUCACCUUGGCUUGUUGAAGGCGAAGCUUGCACGAUAUCGCGCCCAGCUGCUCGAGCCGGCGACAAAGUCGUCAGGUGGGGGGACAGGCUUCGAUGUACAAAAGUCUGGAGAUGCCAGAGUCGCUUUGAUCGGGUUCCCCUCAGUCGGAAAGUCUACGCUUCUCAAUAAAUGCACGCACACAGUCUCCGAAGCCGCCGCGUACGAAUUCACAACUCUUACUGCUAUUCCUGGGGUACUAGAGUACCAAGGUGCACGCAUUCAGCUUUUGGAUCUGCCAGGAAUCGUCGAAGGCGCCAGUCAAGGCCGUGGUCGAGGCCGUCAGGUCGUAUCCACGGCCAAGACCGCGGAUCUAAUUCUCAUAAUGCUGGAUGCCACUAAAUCGGACGAGCAGCGGAGGUUGCUAGAGAUUGAACUGGAUGCGGUCGGCAUAAGGCUAAACAAGAGGAAGCCGGAUGUCGUGUUCAAGAGGAAGACUACGGGCGGAAUAACGCUCAAUACCACGGUCAAGCUCACAAAGACUGAUGAGAAGACGAUCCGGAGCAUUCUAGCCAGCUACAAGCUUCACAACUGCGAUGUCAUGAUCAGGGAAGACAUCACCACAGACGAGUUCAUCGAUGUCCUCAUUGGCACAAGAAAAUAUCUCCCGUGUCUCUAUGUCUACAACAAGAUUGAUGCCAUCAGCCUUGAGCAGGUCGAUAAGCUUGCUCAUCAAACCCACACUGUGGUUAUUAGUUGUGAGGCAGGCCUAAACUUGGAUUACCUCAUCAAGCGGAUCUGGGACGAGCUCGGCUUAGUAAAGGUGUACACGAAGAAACGUGGGGCACAUCCUGAUCUUGACGACCCUGUCUGUCUAAGAAAGGGUGCGACCAUCGAGGACAUUUGUAACGGCAUUCACCGGUCGCUAGCCCCAAACUUCAGAUAUGCGCUCGUAUGGGGCAGGUCGUCUAAAUUCAGCCCGCAUGCUCAAAAGGUCGGGCUGAAUCAUCAGCUGCAGGAUGAAGAUGUAGUAUCGAUCUUUACAAAAUAGGACUGCCAGGGCCGGGUGGUAUGUCCGAUAUGCCGUGUAGUAUAGUGUCUGUGAAGAAUUGUGUACAUGUUCACAUGUUUUCCUGCAUUUGC